AUGCAGCACUCGCAGCUGGCCCCACUCCCAAACGAUGUGCCAUUUCGCAUCGUGUCCAAAACUAUCGGCCAAGGUGCCUAUGCAUGCAUCAAAAAGGCCUGCCCAUUAGAUUCAGAGAAUCCCGUGUUCGCCGUCAAGUACAUUCACAAAGACUACGCCGCUCGACAUGGGAAGAUAAGCGCAAGACAAUUACAACUGGAAGUCACGGUACACAGACACGUGUCGGGCCAUGGGAAUAUUAUCAACUUCUAUCAGACAGGCGAGGACGACGUGUGGCGUUGGAUCGCAAUGGAGUUGGCCGAAGGAGGGGAUCUUUUCGAUAAGAUUGAGGCCGACGAGGGUGUGGGCGAGGAUAUUGCCCAUGUCUAUUUCUCGCAGCUUGUCAGUGCUGUGAGCUUUAUGCACUCUAAAGGCGUUGGUCAUCGUGAUAUCAAGCCUGAGAAUAUGCUUUUGACUGGCGACGGGAAUCUCAAGAUCGCGGACUUUGGUUUGGCGGCGCUGUUCGAGUACAAGGGAACGCGGAAACUUUCAACCACAUUCUGCGGUAGUCCCCCAUAUAUCGCACCCGAGGUAAUUAGCAACAGUACUCGAGGGCAGAACAAAGGGGUUGGUUAUCAUCCGGAUCUAGUUGACAUUUGGUCUUGUGGCAUCGUGCUUUUCGUGCUGUUGGCUGGAAACACGCCGUGGGAUAGCCCGACAGAUGAUAGCUUCGAGUACCACGAAUAUGUUGCGACAAAGGCGCGAACUACCGAUGAGCUCUGGCAGAAGUUACCACAUGCUACAUUAUCACUAUUGCGUGGCAUGUUGACAGUGGAUCCCCGAAAGCGAUUCUCGCUGGAGGAUGUCCGAAGGCAUCCUUGGUACACCCGCGCAAACAAAUACCUCUCUGCCGAUGGCAAGUUAAGAGAUCCAAUUAAUCUUGCCACCUCGAUGUUUGAAUCGCUUCAUAUCGACUUCAGCCAGGAUCCUCUUUCCCAAUCGGGCAAGGGGUCAAGUCGCAGUUUUGAACCCAUCGACAUAGAUGACGGCGGUGCAAAUGGGUUCUCCUCAACGCAGCCAGAGAUGUUGGGUGGUGGUAUGAUGAUGGACUGGGACGGUCCACAGAAUGGUGGUAGCUUUUCUUCGGCACAGCCCUUUGGGAAGAAGUUUGCCUCUCAGGAUGCAGCGUUGGCAGGCCAUCUCGAGGAUGAGCCUUCCAUGUCACAGUUCUCACAGCAGCCUUCUGUGCCUGUGAGCCGAACUCAAAACGCACAAAGGUUCCAGGAUAUUAUCCCCUCGCGGUCAAUGACGCGUUUCUACUCUGCAUGGGAACUCAAGCUUCUCGUGCCUCUCAUCUGCGAGGCCUUUCACCGACUGGGGGUUCCAGUCCCGAGUGUCCCUGCUGUUGGUGCUGGAGAUACUUCUGCCAUGAUUCGGGUGGUUGCCAAGGAUGGUAGGAUGUGUCCGCUCCAAGGUAAGGUGCUCAUUGAGUGUGUCUCUGAGGGGUUAUUUGAAGUGGAAUUCAUCAAAAUUAAAGGCGAUCCGCUAGAAUGGCGACGUUUCUUUAAAAAGGUAGCGAUCCUCUGCAAAGACGCCGUCUUUAGACCGGACGAGUAG